GAACAUGGACAAAACAAAAAUCAUGUUUAAUGACUUUAAUGUCCAUGUCACACCUAUGCCGGUAAUUGUUGGGAACACUAAGCUGGAAGUUGUUGACGAGUAUGUUUACCUGGGACAAAUAGUCCGACUAGGUAAGUUCAACUUCGACCGAGAGGUCAAUCGACGGAUUCAACUCGGCUGGGCAGCGUUCGGGAAACUACGACACGUCUUCUCGUUAGACUUACCUCAAAACCUGAAAACGAAAUUGUACAACCAGUGCGUGUUGCCAGGAUGACUUACAGAUCUGAGACGUGGUCCUUCAUUGCUGGCCGUAUGAUGAAGCUCAAGGUCGCUCAGCGAGCUAUGGAGAGGGCUAUGCUCGGGUUUUCUCUGCGUGAUAAACUUAGGAAUGAGGAUAUCCGCAGUAGAACCAGAGUAACCGACAUAGCCCAACGGAUUAGUAAGCUAAGUGGCAGUGGGCCGGCCAUAUAGCUCGAAGAACCGACAACCGAUGGGGAAGAAAGGUUCUCGAGUGGCAACCUCGUACCGGUAGGUGAAAUGUAGGGCGACCCCCUACUAGAUGGAGUGACGACCUGGUAAGACAUGCAGGAAGUCGAUGGAUGCAGGUGGCUCAGGACCGUGCUCUGUGGCAUUCCUUGGGGGAGGCCUAUGUUCAGCAGUGAACUUGUGAAAGGCUGUAAUGAUGAUUAUAAUCUAAAAAAGUACAAAAUAUAUAGGAGUUUUUUUUUCUUGCGUGCCGACUUGUACUGACCUGUCAUUCAAAAUACCCCUCCCCCUACCCCAGCCUAUGAAUUUAGAGUGUAUAUAUGUAUCAGAUAAUAAUAAAUAUUACAAUACUUUAUAUUUAAUAUAUAUAUACAUCUCAUGAGUAAUCUUGCCUCCUACAUGGGUGAAAUUACCGCCGAUGUUGCGUCCGACCGACUUGUUGCGUCCAGUAUACGGACGCAAGAUUGACCCUCCCUGAUAAUCUAUGUUUCAGAUUUAAUAAAUUAUAAAACCAUAGAGUAACAUAGGUAAAAAUAAUAAGAUUAGUGGGUAGUUGUAACAGCGCUGUACACUAUAAAUUAAAUUGCCAGAGGUAUCUUAGUUCAGUUCAGUUCACUUCGGUCGUGUGCAAGCAAGUCGCUCUGCUAGUAGUUGUUAUCAUCUACAUUAAGUAUAAUAUAAUUAUUGUGAUUCGUUUAUAAGGUGAAUAAAAAGUGCUACAAGGUAAUCUGUUUUACUUCAUAGUUACUUAUUUAAAACUUCAGAAGUGGGAUCGUACUAUGUCCGGACCGUAUAUUGGAGGACUAGGAGAAUGUAAGCGAAGAUACGGCGACACUACAACCUCAGAAGAAGAUGAGGAUGACGAAAUUUUUUUUCAAAAAAAAAAGAACUUCUAUGCUCACCAAAAGACGUCGUGUGUCUCCGAUAGACGCGGAAGUUAUACCCAAAUUCUGCCCAGACGACCAAACCAGUAACGUUACUGGAUGGCUUCAUAAAAUUGACCAGUUGGGUGACAUAUACGAAUGGAACUGCAAGGAUCGCCAAUUUAUAAUGCAGUUACGCCUUGCUGGAUCUGCUCGGGAGUGGUAUGAUGACCUUGACGAUUAUGCUCUUACUUGGGACGGGUGGAAGGAAGCACUUCAAACUGCGUUUCCUCGAUCUACUGACUACGUAGACAGACUAGAAACAAUGCUGGCAAGGUCAAAAAGUGACUAUGAGACUAUGACUAAAUAUUAUCACGAAAAGUUAUCACUUCUCAAAAAAUGAAACAUUAAUGGUGAACAUGCAAUCUCCUGUAUUAUUCGAGGUUUACCACAUGAAUUGAGAGCUAAUGCUAAAGUCUAAAAUUGUGAAACGCCAGAACAACUUUACUUCGGUUAUCUGUCAUCGCUUGAAAACUUUAAACGCUCGGAGACGUCCGCGUUUCACCACGCAAUUCUAUCUGGAGGAAAAAUACACAAAUUACUUCGGGUCGCCGUCAACUUGUUCCCAAGAUCUGCUAUGUGUGUCGACGACCAAGACAUGAAAGGAAGGACUGCCAGCAGCGCUGUGAUGUGUGUCAGCGUCUAGGGCAUGCAACUGCUGCAUGCUGGUAUGCUACUGGAACUGCAGCCAACUCUGGAGUUGGUCCCAUGCAACAACAGGCUUAUAAGAGGCAAAAUGGUGAAUAUAAUGAGCGCCGCGGGACGCGUACGACUCAGGAUGGCCGAAUGUUACGAGUGGAUUUGAAAUCAUCGACACCUAUAUAAUAAAUUAUUAAACAUAAAUGAUUAUUAAAUAUAGAUAUGUUUCAGAUUUAAUAAAUUAUAAAACCAUAGAGUAACAUAGGUAAAAAUAAUAAGAUUAGUGGGUAGUUGUAACAGCGCUGUACACUAUAAAUUAAAUUGCCAGAGGUAUCUUAGUUCAGUUCAGUUCACUUCGGUCGUGUGCAAGCAAGUGGCUCUGCUAGUAGUUGUUAUCAUCUACAUUAAGUAUAAUAUAAUUAUUGUGAUUCGUUUAUAACGUGAAUAAAAAGUGCUAC